AUGAAUCACGCAGCGGAAAGACUCGCAAACGUUGCUCAGAUCAGACGUUUACUUGCGGAUCUCGAAAGACUUGGUCUUUGGAAAUCUACAAAUAUCACAGAUCAAGGAACAAUUGAUGGAACAAAAGAUGAAAUUAUCAGAAUCUUAAAUCUCGUCGAAACUGAACUCGAAAGAGCUGGUCUUUGGGAUAGAAGUAUUGAUACAGAUGAUAGCAGUACUGAUGUUGAUCAGAACCGCAUGAGAUCUCCUCCUGUUACAAACGAACAAAUUCUACAGCAUACACAAAAGGCACUCAAGUGCAUUAGCCAGAAAAAAAAUCAAAAGUAA